CGAGGGAGGAGGGCUGAGGGCUGAUCCCACAUGACCAUCUUGUUCGUAAUGUUUUUCUCUAAUGGCAGUCAGCCAUCUCCUCGUAGCUAAACUACCUUGCACAUUAAGGAUUAAUCAUUCAGCACAGUGUUAACUCAAGCUUUCCACGAGGUCUGACGGACAUUCUAAGCGCCAGCGAUGCCAGAGCCAGCAGAAAUGAGCGGACCUGACCUAGCAAAGAUGCCAGGGGGUGGGGCUCCAGGUAAUGAGGAAAAGAACCCAGUAGUUAAUGGGCAUGCAGAGAAUGAUUCCAACACCUUUGCAGAGUACAUGUGGAUGGAGAACGAGGAGGAGUACAACCGGCAGGUGGAGGAGGAAUUGCUUGAGCAGGAUUUUUUGGAGCGCUGUUUCCAAGAGAUGUUGGAUGAGGAGGAUCAGGAUUGGUUUAUUCCUGAGAGAGACCUCCCCUCAGUGGGACAGAUACAGCAACAGCUCAACGGACUUUCUGUCAGUGAUGGAAAUGCAGAGGAAAUCUUGCGGAAGAGCAUCUUGAACCCUGAGGCCAAGGAGUUUGUGCCAGGGGUGAAAUACUAGGGAUUGUCCUCGCCCUCUGGAGAUGUCCUUUCUCGCACACGCAUACAUUGAUCAUAUACCCAGAGACUGUUGUGGCCAUUUUUAGAAUGGUCAUAUAAAUGCACUCUCACACACAUGCACACACACUUUUGAAAGGGCAGAAAUCCAGAGGCGGUUGACUUUUGGCGGGAGGGGGAGGUGAUUGUCUAAGCUUUAUAUUUCUGUUAUAUAUAUAAACCAAGGGUAUUCUGUUCAAACAAGGCCUCUAGGAGGUGCUGUGAUAAGCUAAUAUCAUACUCAUUACAAAGCUGUUUUAUUUUUCUCUACCCUUACUGAAAAGGGCUGUUCUUGUCUGCUUUCAUUGUUUCACAGUUUGUGCCUGAUCAGGUCUUUGCUUUCUCUCCCCUUUUCUUUUUUUUUUUUUUUCUUUUUCUUUUGUUAUUGGUCUUUUGUAGAGGGAGGUUUUGAUGUAUCUAUGUUCACACUCCUUAGUUUCAAGGGGUGUGGCCAUAAGUUAUUGGGGUGUGGCUGGCUGUGGGGGGGGGGAGGCCUCUUGGUAUGGGUUGGAUACAAAGGAAAGGAUGUUUGGGAAUUCACAUGAAUUCAAUUUUUGAUUUUGAAUUGAAAUCGUUACACGCAGGAGUGAAUUUCAUUAAAAAAAAUGGAAUAUAAAAAAAAGGCAAAUAAAGAUGUUUAAAAAAAAAGUUGCUACCCAAUUUGACUGCCUCU